GGGAUCGUGCAGAUUCUGCCGAGAGAAUCACAUCGAAGACUGUGAGAGAAGGAAGUAUUUCUCUCUUGACAUUAUUAGUGUAUCAUUCUUUGAAACAAUCGAGCAUGUCGCAACAACCGCAGAGCUCAGAAACAGUGAAAAUGGUAGUAAAAUCGAGUCAAUCCAACAACAGUGGAGCAGCACAGCAUAUACCAUCCAUAGGUCUUGCCGAGCUUGCUCACAGAGAGUAUCAGACCGGUGACUAUGAUAAUGCUGAGAGACAUUGCAUGCAGCUGUGGCGACAAGACCCUACAAAUACUGCCAUCCUUUUACUUCUCUCUUCAAUACACUUCCAGUGUCGCAAACUAGACAAGUCUGCCCAUUUUUCAAUGCUUGCCAUCAAACAGAAUCCUAUGUUGGCUGAAGCUUACAGUAAUCUUGGCAAUGUCUACAAGGAAAGAGGUCAACUUCAGGAAGCGCUUGAGAACUACCGCCACGCUGUGCGCCUGAAGCCUGACUUCAUUGAUGGUUACAUCAACCUGGCCGCGGCUCUGGUGUCAGCCAACGACAUGGAGCAAGCUGUGCAGGCCUACGUCUCUGCGCUCCAGUACAAUCCAGAACUGUACUGUGUGCGCAGCGACUUGGGUAACCUGCUGAAGGCUCUUGGAAGGCUAGAUGAAGCGAAGGCCUGCUAUUUGAAAGCAAUCGAAACCAGGCCUGACUUCGCGGUAGCCUGGAGUAACUUGGGAUGUGUGUUCAACGCUCAAGGUGAAAUUUGGCUCGCCAUUCACCACUUUGAAAAAGCCGUCGCUCUCGACCCAAAUUUCCUCGACGCGUACAUCAAUCUUGGCAACGUCCUCAAAGAAGCCAGGAUCUUUGACCGGGCGGUCGCUGCCUACCUUCGUGCUCUGAACCUCUCACCCAACCAUGCCGUGGUGCACGGUAACCUCGCCUGCGUUUACUACGAGCAAGGACUCAUCGACCUGGCCAUUGACACCUACCGUCGGGCCAUCGAGCUGCAGCCGAACUUCCCAGAUGCUUACUGUAACCUGGCCAAUGCGCUCAAGGAGAAAGGCCAGGUCUCCGAGGCGGAGGAGUGCUACAACACGGCGCUACAGCUCUGCCCCACUCAUGCCGACUCCCUCAACAAUCUCGCUAAUAUCAAGCGCGAGCAGGGCCACACUGAGGAGGCGACGCGUCUGUACCUCAAAGCCCUGGAAGUGUUCCCAGAGUUCGCGGCUGCGCACAGCAACCUCGCGUCCAUCCUGCAGCAGCAGGGCAAACUCAACGAGGCGCUCAUGCACUACAAGGAAGCUAUCCGCAUCCAGCCCACCUUUGCUGAUGCCUACAGCAACAUGGGCAACACGCUGAAGGAGAUGCAGGACAUACAGGGCGCUCUGCAGUGCUACACGAGAGCCAUCCAAAUCAACCCAGCAUUUGCUGAUGCUCACUCCAACCUCGCCUCGAUCCAUAAGGACUCAGGAAACAUUCCUGAGGCCAUACAGUCAUACAAGACUGCUUUGAAGUUGAAACCCGACUUCCCCGACGCAUACUGCAACCUGGCACACUGCCUGCAAAUUGUGUGCGACUGGACGAACUAUGACGCCCGUAUGAAGAAACUCGUGACGAUCGUUGGGGAGCAGCUCGAGAGGAACCGUUUGCCCUCAGUCCACCCUCAUCACUCGAUGCUUUACCCGCUGUCGCACGAGUACAGAAAAGCCAUUGCGGCACGUCAUGCCAAUCUCUGCAUUGAGAAGAUCACUGUCCUGCACAAGCCCCCAUACAAGUUCCCCAGCCGUCGUGCCAGCGACGGCAGGCUGCGUAUUGGCUACGUGUCCUCAGACUUCGGCAACCACCCCACCAGUCAUCUCAUGCAAAGCAUCCCUGGUCUGCAUGACAGGAGUCGUGUCGAGAUCUUCUGCUACGCUCUCAGUCCUGACGAUGGCACCACCUUCAGAAGUAAGAUCGCUCGCGAGGCCGAGCACUUCGUGGAUUUGUCCCAGAUUCCUUGCAAUGGCAAGGCAGCAGAUCGCAUCAAUCAGGACGGCAUCCACAUCCUGGUCAACAUGAACGGCUACACUAAAGGCGCGCGCAACGAAAUUUUUGCCCUGCGGCCUGCUCCCGUUCAGGCGAUGUGGCUUGGGUACCCCGGCACGAGUGGAGCGUCGUUCAUGGACUACCUCAUCACGGACGGCGUCACGUCCCCCGUCAAGCUCGCCGCGCAGUACACUGAGAAGCUCGCCUACAUGAAGGACACGUUCUUUGUUGGUGAUCAUCAGCAGAUGUUCCCUCAUCUCAAGGAGAGGGUGCUCAUCAAGAGCGUGGAGUCGAUCAAGAACAUAGACAAUGAGCCACUAAAAGACACGGUGGCGCUGUUGAACACAGCCGACCUCAGCCCUGUGAUGGAAAGCGCAGAUCUGAUGCGCGUGGCUGAAAUCGUCAAGCCCAUAACGUCAGGCGUGAACGGCACCAAGACCUCGGAGCCCAUCGAGGUUUCUAUGACUGUUGCCCAGCUCAGCUCCACAGCACCUAUUCAGACCAUGAUUUCGUCGGGUCAAGUACAAGCGACGGUGAACGGCAUGGUAGUUCAGAACGGCCUGGCAACCACGCAGAUUAAUAACAAAGCAGCAACUGGUGAAGAGGUGCCACAGAACAUCCUGGUGACGACACGACAACAGUACGGACUGCCUGACGACGCCAUUGUCUUCUGCAACUUCAACCAACUCUACAAAAUUGAUCCAUCCACACUGCAGAUGUGGUGCAACAUCCUGAAGCGCGUCCCCAAGGGCGUAAUGUGGCUGCUGCGUUUCCCAGGGCAUGGUGAAGCUAACCUCUUGGCACAAGCCCAGCAGCUUGGCAUUGGUCCCGGCCGCAUAAUAUUCUCCAACGUCGCGGCCAAGGAAGAACACGUCAGGCGUGGACAGCUCGUUGACGUGUGUCUUGACACUCCGCUCUGCAAUGGCCACACCACGGGCAUGGACGUGCUGUGGGCGGGCACUCCCAUGGUGACACUGAUGGGCGAGACGUUGGCGUCCCGCGUGGCUGCGUCGCAACUCACGUGCCUGGGCGUGUCUGAGCUCAUCGCUACCACGCGGCAUCAGUACCAAGACAUCGCCGUCAAGCUUGGCACCGACCACGACUAUCUGAAGGCUAUCCGCAGCCGAGUGUGGGAGGCCCGCUUGAGUUCUCCACUUUUCAACUGCAAGACCUACGCCUCGAAUCUUGAAAAUUUGUUUGACGCCAUGUGGGAUAAAUAUCUGAGUGGCGACGAGCCAGAUCAUCUGACCGAGUACUAAGCUGCAGCAAUGACCAGUAUUGUUUUACUCGUGUGUUUGAUUCUUUUAGUUAAAGGUCGACCUAUGUUCUUGCAGCGCAUGUUACUUCUUGAAAGUAUGCGAGGAAUAUUACUUGCGUUCAGGUGAGGACUUUCAUUCAUUGUGAUGCAGAAAAAAAUUGGCAUUGCAAACUGAAAGGGUUUCAACUUUACCUAGUUUGUGAGGCUGAAAAUUCUCCGCUUACAUUAUAUCUCACAUUUUUAAUAAUAAUGAUACAUUUUUAUCAUCUUCGUUUAUAUAAAUUUCUCUAAGAAAAAAUUCUUGAUAACCUCACAUUUUUGCAUCGCUUCCAUAUUUCUCAACUCAAAGAAGCGCAUUGCGUGAUAUUAACUAUAUAGCGGACGUCUCGUAUAAAAAAAGUUUGCAGGACAGAUGUAUAUUAGGAAGCCACGGAUUUUUUGGAAUGACUUCUUAGCCUUUGUCCAGCUAGUUAAUCAUAAUAUGAGUGGAACGGGAAUAAUCUAUUAUUUUAGUUCAUUUUAAUAAGCGUGGUCAUGUUAAACUAUUUUGACGAUAAAGCCCAGGUUGUUCAGAUGAGAAUCCUCUUAUGGGACAAUGCCGACGAUGUGUAAAUAAGCGAGAUAAUGUUAAGGCAUAAUUUACCUUCAUAUUCUUCCUUGUAUGAGAGCCAAGCUACACAUGUAUCACAACACACGGAACGGUAGAAUGAGCUCUCGCGUAUUUUUACUGCGCUUGUAGGGUUUGAGGGAGUUGGUGUUGGAUUAAGUUGUACCGUGUGGCAUUUGUUAUUAGGUAUUUUCUACAGUGAAGUUCUGCACAAGUGAAGCUUGAGAAUAUGUUCAGUCUUAUUGAUUGAAUGUUAAAAUGAGAAGCGCUAGUGUGGCUAGGCUACUCCCGCACUUGGACAAAUCCACGCCUUCUGCGGUGCUAUCAUAGCUAAUUCAUUUUAAACACAAAACGCGAAUCUUAUGUUAUCGCGUAUAAAGUGGUUAAAUUGGUCACGGAGUAACCUUACAUAUAAAUAGCUUCCCUCAUGGAUGUACAUGAAUUAAAGAUUAUUAAGGGAAUGCAGUGAAUGUAUAUUAUCUAAACCAUUGUUGGUUUAGCUUUCUGUGCUGCGUGGACGUAUGAUGGAGGCGCUCUGUAAUUUAGGCCAAGUAUAUUACUGCUUCAUAAAAACUACCGAUAAAGAAAGUGUAAAGAGCGUUCUAAUUUAAAGAGUUGAAGCUGCGAAGACGAAUGUUGAGGGUCGGCAAAGAAUUCGUUAAUGUAGGAGACAGAACCUCGAGCCGAUGUAUUUAUCCUGCUCUAGGUAAUACCGCUUCAAUCUAAUAACUAUAGUUAGGGGAUUUUUCUCUUCUUGCACAUUUGCUAGCUCCACGUUCGACGCCGAUGGAAACUACAAGGCUUUAUGUUGCUUCAUCAGCCAUCUUGGUAUUUAUGGGCUGAACUCUAGCAGCAUCAUACGCGUAAGUAAGUAUAGAUAUAUUUUGGCUGUGGAUAUCGUUAAUCUUUGGAGUUUUCUCAACCUGCUUCUGUUAUUUAACCACACUUGGCUCGAGUGCUGUUAAAUAAAAUCUUGCAUUGAAA